UCAGCCUUCCACUGCCAUAACCUAUCCGCCUUCUCCCUGAGCACCUUGUACAUAAUGCGGACACAACCACUCCUCCCAGCAGCAGCUGCCAGUCUUGGCUUCUUCGCUGGACAGGCGGCAGCUGGCUCGAAGCUCUUUGCAGGCGGCACCAUUGUUGCUUUCGACAGCGGCUCCGAGUCCAUCCGCGUCGUGCGCGAUGGCCACCUGCUGGUGACGGACGACCGCAUUGCCGGCAUCUUUGAGUCUGCCCCUGACAAUAGCAGUUUGCCUGCUCACACGGAGCGGAUCGAUGUCACUGGCCAGAUUCUCACGCCUGGCUUCAUUGACACCCACCGCCACGGGUGGCAAACAGCCUACAAGACCAUUGGCUCCAACACGACUCUGGCCGAGUAUGUCGGCCGGUAUGGCGAGUUUGCAUCCGCGCCUCACUGGACGGCGGAGGACGUGUACAACAGCCAGCUCGCCGGCCUCUACGAGUCACUCAACGCCGGCGUGACCACGAGUUUGGACCACGCCCACCACACCUGGUCCAACGAGACGGCAUAUGCUGGUCUCAACGCCUCCAUAGCCAGUGGUGCGCGCAUCGUCUGGGCCUAUACUGUACACCCGCUCGAGACUGUCGACUUCCCCGUCGCGGAGCAGCUUGCCAACCUCCGCGAGAUCGCCCAGAGCGCUGCCCUGGCCGAGAGCUCCCGCACCGAGCUUGGCGUCGCCUUUGACUUCUUCUCUGGGGCGGACACGAAGUUGAUCGAGGAGGUCGUUGCUCUUGCCAAGGAGUUCAACGUGUCGGCUGUGACGACUCACAGCGUCAACGGGCCGUUUGGCUUCUACAACGUGCCUUCGGCCGUGCACCAGUAUGGCCUGCUCAACACCUCGAUCCCCGUCAUCUUCUCACACGCAAGCUUCCUCGCUGCCGUCGACGCCCAGCUGCUCCGCCAGACGAACCAGUUCAUCUCCAUCACGCCCGAGUCUGAGAUGCACUACGGCCACACCCACGAGGAGUCCUACUACAUCAACGACCAGGCCGCGCUCGGGGUCGACACGCACUUUACUUUUUCCACCGACAUCCUCACCCAGGCGCGGAUCUGGCUGCAGUCCGUCCGCUACUUCUUCUUCAACAUCGUUGCCAAGCAGUGGCAGGAGCCGGUCACGAACCCCAUGAGCGUCGACCAGGCCUUCAAGCUCGCCACGCGCCACGGCGGUCUGGCCCUGCGCCGCCCGGACCUCGGCGUCAUCGAGGUCGGCGCCAAAGCAGACCUUGUCGUCUGGAACGCCCGCGAGUCGCCGUCGCUGUUGGGGUGGAAUGACCCCGUCGCCGCAGUCAUGCUCCAUGCCAGUGUCGCAGAGAUCCUGCACGUCACCGUGGACGGCGAGUUUGUCAAGAAGGACGGCAGGCUGACUGCCGAGAACUACUACACGGACGUCCGCAGCAAGUUUCUCGAGACCGCCAGCCGGAUCCAGGGCAUCUGGAAGGACCUGCCUUACCCUCAGCUCUCCGGCCCCAACUUUGUCGGAUUCGAGCAGGUCCACACAACUGAGGUUGACUCGCAGCGCGGAAACGGCACUGGAUACGGCGAGACAUUCAUUGAGUAGUUGAACGUGGUGUCCAUAAAAGUAGCGAGCCGCUGAUAAUCCUAAUUUAUUAAUCAUUCUAAGACCCCCGCA